GAUGAGGUAUUUGCACGCACGUCCUCUAAUAAACAAAGGCCAGAGAGCUUACCGAGCCAAGCUGUCCAACGUGAAAGCCCCUGUUUUAAAGGGCAUUCCCUAUUUCUCUUACCUCCUCCCUCCUCUUCUUCUUCACUGUGCUAACCUCUUUUCCAUGCUCUAGCUAGCCACAAUCACCAUCUUCAUCGUAUCAUAUCAUAGUGCUUUGUAGUGGGAUCGAAGAGUCAAGAUUAAUUAACUCAUCCAGUUUGAAGAAUUGUUCCAAGAUAUGGACAGUAGGUUCAACAGCCGCAGCCUAAAUAUCAGUGAGCAAGAUGAUACAGAUAUAGCUCAAGAAAAUGUUGCAGAGUCACCUCCUUCCGCGGUCUUUAAUAUCAAUACCCUCGUCCCUUCUACGUCUUCCCCGAAAAGAAGCAGGCGAGCCAUACAGAAGAGGGUGGUGCAAAUUCCGAUCAAGGAAGUAGAAGGAUCUCGGCUUAAAGGGGAGAACAAUACUCCGCCGUCCGAUUCCUGGGCUUGGAGAAAGUACGGCCAAAAACCCAUCAAAGGUUCGCCUUACCCCAGAGGAUACUAUCGAUGCAGCAGUUCCAAAGGAUGCCCGGCAAGAAAACAAGUGGAAAGGAGCCGCGUGGACCCCAGCAUGAUCGUCGUGACCUACUCUUGCGAGCACAAUCACCCUUGGCCGGCUUCUCGAAAUCAUCACCACAACAAAUCCGCCUCCAGCAAAGCCGUCGCCCCAGCCGAACUCAUCGAGGCCCCGGCCGAGCAGGAACAGGAGUCCGAGGAGAAGUUCGGGGACCUCGGGGACGGGUCAUUGAUGAGCACGCCGGACGAGUUGGGGUGGUUCGGCGAAAUGCAGAGGACGGCAACGACGUCGUCGGCGGUCCUGGAAAGUGCAAUCCUGACGGGGGAUGACGCGGACGUGGCGUCAAUGUUCUUGCCGAUGAGGGAGGAGGACGAGCUUCUGUUCGCUGACCUGGGGGAGCUGCCGGAGUGCUCGGUGGUGUUCCGGCGAGUGGGGAUGGAAAGGGAGGAGGAGAGGCGGCGGUGCGCGGCGCCUUGGUGUGGGACCACAAGUUGAGGUGGGGAAGAAGUUUUGCUGUUUGACACGUUUUCUCGAUGGAGCCAGACACAGAGAAGGGGGGUUGGUACUGGCAUCGUGGCCCACAAGAUACAAAAACUUUUAGAUACGUUUUUUUUUGUUUUUUUGUGGGGAAAUAGGAUGGGAUUGGUGACUUUAAUUGGCUUGACCCAUGGAUUCAGCUUUGAGUAACAAGAAAAUGAAAAAAAAAAAAAAAAACAGACAAGUGGAUGAGAAAGGCGGGGCCGUGGUGGUGGUGGGGUUGGGGGAGCUCUGUCCCAACGUGGGUGUAAUUAGCAUCAUCACCUUUGGCCUUCCUUCUUUUAAAUUUGACAGCUGGCAUUUUCUCUCCUUUUACGUAUAUAUUUUAUUAUUAUUAUUAUUA